AUGGCUGAUCAGCAUGAGGAAAACAUUCAAGAGGAGAAUGUUCAUGAUGAGGAGUCCGUUCAUAACGAUGCGAUACCCGCAGCAGGUGAAGGUCGUGGUCGUGGACGUGGACGUGGACGUGGUCGAGGUCGUGCUGGCAUAGCAGCCAUGCAAACGAAUCAAGCGGAAGUGCAAAAUAUGCACAGAGAGCAGUUAGAUUAUCAACAGCAGAGAGUUGGUGCUAAUGUUGAUCAUUUCUUAGAGGAAGUAGAAAUGAACGCUAGACGUCUUAAUGCUAGUGAAAGACAGUCUAUACUGAUGGUGGAGAUGUCAGUAAAAGGAUUUGCGAAGGAUUGGUUUCAAAGGCAUAUUCAACCAAGUAUGGGAGAGAUGACUUGGAAUGAAUUUGUCACUCCAUUUAAGAAUUUCUUUCUGCCGUUUUCAGUAAUGGAGAAUUACCGAGAGAAACUGUUGAAUUUGAAUAAGAUAGGAAAGACGGUGCAGGAAGAUAGGGUGAAUUCAAGGUUCAUUAAGGGGCUAGGACCCGAAUAUAUUGGAUUUCUAUCUGAUGUUAGGAAGGAUCUAGUUCAAAUCAUCGAUAGUGCAUUCCAAAUGGAAACUACUUUGAUCCAAUUUGGAAGGAUCACUGUUCCUGGUGAGCAAGUGAGAGAAGGAACGACGAGUUCUAAUACGAAUAGGUUCACUGGACCAUAUCGUAAGGGGCUUAAGAAGAACAGAAGAGAUAGGAGGUUUAGUACCUCUGGAUCAAGUUCUAGUGGACGAAGUUCAGGAGGAACGGUACCACUAUGUCCAACUUGUGGGAAGAAGCAUUUUGGAGCAUGCUAUUGGGCAACUAGAGGAUGUUACACGUGUGGACAACAAGGUCAUUACUCUAGAGAAUGUCCUAUGUCUGGACCACAAGGUUCAAGUGCUAGUGUUGUUCAACCAGUGUUUCAACAACCUAGACCUGUAUAUCCUGCAGUGUCUGGGCAGGCACAGAACCAGAGUGUGUUUAAUGGACACCGUGGAAGAGGAUAUGGUUUUGGUAAUCGUGGUGGAGGAAGGACCACAGGCGGACGAGGAUCUGGAGCAACUGCUAGCGGAGGGCAGGCUAGAGUUUUUGCGAUCAAUCCUCAGGAGGCGAAUGCGUCGAAUGCGGUAGUGCAAGGAAUUCAAACUGUGAUUUUGCAAAACCCAUUGUUAGUAGCUACACCUGUAGGCGAAAGCAUAGACGUUACUGUAAUGUAUCCGUCGUGUCCUGUGUUAAUUGGAGAGCGAGAAUUGCUUGCGGAUUUGUUAUUGCUUAAUGUCUUAAAAUUCGACGUCAUCCUAGGAAUGGAUUGGUUGUCGCAACAUUAUGCGAAUGUGGAUUGUAGAGAGAAGAUAGUGACGUUCCAUGCACCUGGAACUGAACUUAUCUCUAUUCGGGGAGAGAAGUUAGAGACCCCAAAGAGUUUAGUCUCGGCUUUGAAAGCGAGAAAGAUGUUAAGUAAAGGAUGUCAAGGAUUUUUAGCUCUAGUACGAGAUGUUCAGAAGGAAGUGGGAACAGAACUAAAGGAGUUGAAUGAUCAAUUAGAAGAAUUAAUUGAUCGUGGAUUUAUACGACCAAGUGUCUCACCUUGGGGAGCACCUGUGUUGUUUGUAAAGAAGAAGGAUGGAUCUAUGAGACUCUGUAUAGACUACAGACAACUCAAUAAGGUCACAAUCAAGAAUAAGUAUCCUUUACCCAGAAUUGACGAUUUAUUCGAUCAAUUGCAAGGAGCGAGGUACUUUUCGAAGAUUGAUCUGAGGUCUGGUUAUCAUCAGUUGAAGAUCAGAAAUGAUGAUAUUCCAAAGACUGCAUUCAGAACAAGAUACGGUCAUUAUGAAUUUUUGGUGAUGUCAUUUGGAUUGACAAAUGCACCAGCGGCUUUCAUGGAUUUGAUGAAUCGGAUUUUUAAACCGUUUCUAGAUCAAUUCGUGAUAGUGUUCAUAGAUGAUAUCUUGAUUUAUUCGCGCACAGAGGAGGAGCAUGCGCAACACUUAAGGAUAGUGUUACAAACUUUGAGAGAUCAUCAGCUUUAUGCUAAAUUCUCGAAGUGUGAAUUUUGGUUAGAAGAAGUAGCAUUUUUGGGACAUGUAGUAUCUCAGAGUGGGAUUAAGGUGGAUCCUAAAAAGAUUGAAGUUGUGAUGAAUUGGAAAAGGCCAAGUUCAGUAACAGAAAUUCGUAGUUUCUUGGGUUUAGCUGGUUAUUAUAGACGGUUUGUGCAAGACUUUUCUAAGUUGUCUGCACCAUUAACUAAGCUAACUCAGAAGAACGCGAAGUUCAUUUGGAAUGAUUAA